CCGGAGUUGUUAAUAUUAGAAAGGAUGAUGUGUGUGGAAGGACGAGUUCCUUCAAGCAGCUACAACAAUGAAGUCUGACUUAUUUAUUUCACUUUAACUGGACUUAUUCAUUAUUUUUCUGAGGGACUGUAAUGUGUAAUUUUAAGCCAGUUUGAGGUAAAUCUUAAGGAUUGGGAGUCUGGAGCCCCUGAGGACCUCUAGUGGAUCUUUGGAGGAAACUUAAAGGAAGCUCACUUGUUGUAUGUCGCGGUGGCGGCGGUUGUUUUGGAGCUCCCCGAGCUGCGCGCUGUCAGUCCGGACAUGAAUGCUCUGUGGACUCUUUAAUGACCACCAGAAGAGAGGAUGUACCCAGGCACUGGCAAGCCACCUGUGGCACCUAAGCCGAAGUUGCUCAUCUCUGUAUUAUCUCCCGCACCUCCUAGAAAAGAAGCCCUCUUGCCUCCUGUCUCAGAGAAGAAACUCAAACCCGCCAUAGCCCCUAAACCUAAAUCACUCAUCCCUCUCAUUGCUGUGGAAUCCAAGCCAGCCAUUUCAAUAAGCUUGCACAAUAAAUGUGCAUUAGCAACCACCAAGACUGUAGGUCUUCUGAACACACAGAAUGGAGUAAAAGACAGGGGCCAAAACCCAGAUUGGGACAAUAUCACUCCUGUUUGCCUGUAUUGUGAUGGGAGCUGCUCUUGUGCUGAAAAUGCAAAUGGAGUAAAAACAGAAGAAGACCACAAAGUGUUUCAGAGAAACAAGGCAGUGCCAGAAGGACAGGGGAAACUAAAAAAUGCCAUCUCUAACAAUCAGACUUAUGCUACCACCCAUAAAACUUUCAAUAAGAGAGAUGCCUCAAGUCCUAACGGGACUGAAAAGGUGACUAAUGGAAGGGUGUUAAUUCAGAGCUUACUUGACAAAAGGGUUGUCAAUGGAACAGCAAAGGCAAUGAAUGACCCAGAGCCCCGGUCCCAACCCAUGUCAGGAACCCCGACAAAGCCCGUCCCUGUACCACGGAAACCCAGAACCGCUGCUCCGGUCCACCAGGAAAAGGCGGUGGGGGAGAGGCAAAACACAGCAGUGGAGAAAGAGAGGGAAGUAGAUGCAAAAGAGAGGAAGAAGUCAUCAGACGGAAAGGGUGGCUCAUCCCUUUCUGUCAGCGCACCUGAGCCAGAAAACAAGCAGCAGACCCAGCCUGCUCCUCCGCCUAGAAAAAAGCCUUUUCUGUCUGAACCUAAAAAAGAUCCAAACUCUGCUCUUCGGACUAAAGAGGCGCAGGAGGAAGACACCAGCUGGGACAGCAGCAUCUACGACAUGGAAGUUUCUGUUGACAAGGAGGACGAUAGGAUAUACAAGGAAGGAGCCAGUAAUCAGGAGGUCGGUGGCUUUCUGUUGGGGAGUUUUCGCUGUAGACCUGUCAGGACACCUGUGACUGCAAAUGAGAUGUUCAAAGAAACUCCAAAGAAGCCUCUGCGGAACCAACCUCCAAGGAAGAAAUCUUUCAGGGAGGAACACAUGGACACACCAAUAGGCCAUCAGACAAGGCAAGUCUACACAAAUCAGGGCAACGUCUUCAAAAAUGGGGGAACAAAAGAACCACCUCCUCCAAACAUUAAACCACCUGGAAACUUGAAGUCUUCACACCUCAGCCUUACCAAAUCCAAAGCCAAGUCCUUCACUGCUGCGGACAUGACUCGCUCUGAAGGCCAGAAGAGGAGCUCUUUCCGAAAGCUGCUAGACUCUAAGCUCACAAUAACGAUCCUACCAAGACCCAAGUUGACAGGAGGUCAAGGCACAACUCCCACUGUAAAUAAUUCGGGUCCAAGUUAUCGGCAACAUCAUUUUGAUCGGAGAGAAUCUUUUCCUCAAACAGGAUUUGAACAGAAUGUGGAUGGAGACCAGUCUUCUGAAUCUGAUGAGGAUGGCAACUACGACACAAUAGAUCCCUAUGAAUCCUACUAUCAAGGAAACUACAUGAACGUGCCUCUGAGGCGGGAGAAGUUUUCUUCAGGCUCUCAUUCACACUCCUACUAUGAUAAUGAUGAUGAAGAAGAUAUCUAUGAGAUGCAGGACCCCUACAGCUCCCUGAAUGCGCAUGCAGAAGAUAACAGAACCGACUUGGAGCAGGCUUACCCCAAUGAAAUCUUCUCGGAUUUUGAACUCGAAGCGAAUUCCUCUGAAGAGGAUGACGGUGACAAUAGUUCCACCUCAAGUAAAGGCGACCCUGAGCUUGCAGAGGCACAGAGUGAAAGGACGAAAAACAAGAUACAGUACAUCGCCAAAGAAAUCAUGACUUCGGAGAGUGUGUUUGUUGAUGUCCUGAAACUACUUCAUGUGGACUUCCGUGAAUCAGUGAAUAAAGCGUCUAGUUACAAUGGGAAGCCCAUAAUUGAGGAACGACUGCUCAACCAGAUCCUCUACUACCUUCCGCAGCUGUAUGAGCUUAACCAGGACCUGCUCAGGGAGCUGAAGCAAAGAGUGGACAACUGGGAUGAUAACUCCCAGAUAGCAGACAUUUUUCUGAAGAAAGGGCCCUAUCUAAAGAUGUACUCCACAUACAUCCGUGAGUUCGACAAGAAUGUGGCUCUGCUGGAAGAGCAGAGUAGAAAGAACCCGGCAUUCGGCACGGUCGUCAGAGAAUUUGAGAAAAGUCCUCGGUGUGCCAACUUGGCUCUGAAGCACUACCUGUUGAAGCCCGUCCAGAGGAUUCCUCAGUAUCAGCUGCUGCUCACAGAUUACCUAAAAAAUCUCUCUGAAGGAGCAGAUGGCUACGAAGAAACCAAAGCGGCCCUUUCUCUGGUGAAAGAAGUUGCAAAUCAUGCAAAUGACAUCAUAAAACACGGGGACAACUUCCAGAAACUGAUUGAUGUGCAGCAUCGUCUAAAUGGCAAUCAUCAGAUAAUCCAGCCUGGACGGAUCUUCAUUAAAGAAGGUGUCCUGAUGAAGCUGUCCAGGAAAGUCAUGCAGCCCCGGAUGUUCUUCCUGUUUAACGACAUUCUGCUGUACACCAAACCAGUUCAGACUGGCCAGUACAAGCUGAAAAACAUGCUGUCUCUGGCUGGGAUGAAGGUGAGCAAACCAAAUCAGGAGGCCUAUCAGAACGAACUCAACAUAGAGAGUGUGGAGCGUUCUUUUAUUCUAUCUGGGAGUUCGGCUGCAGAGAGAGAUGAAUGGCUCGAUUCAAUCUCAGCAGCAAUCAAUGAAUUCACCAAAAAGAAAAUUAGCUUUUUAUCUGGAAGUUCUCCAAAUGACGCAGACGUGAGGGACGGUGCUCCUUUGGGAUCCAAGGCCCCCAUCUGGAUCCCAGAUCCGCGCACCACCAUGUGCAUGAUUUGCACGUCUGAGUUCACCCUGACGUGGAGGCGACAUCACUGUCGAGCGUGUGGAAAGGUGGUGUGCCAGGGCUGCUCCUCCAACAGACACUACCUUCAAUACCUGAAAAAGUCAGAUCGAGUGUGUGACCUUUGUUUCCAAACACUAAAACGUGAAUUGGACAACACUUUGUCUCUGUCUCCUGGAGUCAAAUCUAGCAUGACGUUUCAAAAGAAGCAGAAGAGAAAACCUGCAGCUCUCAAAGAGGUGUCGGCAAACACGGAUGACUCUUCCAUGAGUGGAUAUCUGCAAAGGUCAAAGCAUAAAAAAAAGCAGUGGAAGAGACUGUGGUUCGUCAUCAAAGAUAAAGUCCUUUACACAUACGCUGCAAGUGAGGAUGUUGCAGCCAUGGAGAGUCAGCCUCUGUUGGGAUUCGUGCUGAAAUAUGAUUCUGCACAGCAGCUGCAGUUUAGACUCUUUCACAAAAACACUCUCUAUUACAAUUUUAAAGCUGAUGAUGUCCAAACAGUUCAAAGAUGGAUCAACUCUUUCAAAGAAGCCACCAUCCUGUGAACGAUGUCUGCAGCUGUCCGUGAUGCUCACUUGAUUUGAAUUAACAAAACACUUUUAUUCAGUUGCAUUAUUUGUUACUUUGUAGAUAUAAACGUUUUGUGGAAAAGCGAGACAUUGAAGUGUAGCCCUGUAACCACAAUUGAUGGUAUUUUAGCCCUAAAAUAAGUAGCAACAAUGAAGUAAUCUGAAGUUAUUUAAACUUUUAUGAUUUUGUUUUUUUCCCUUAUAUUUUAAUUUUUUUUUUUUCAUCUUAGAUUUUCGUUGCACAGAUUUGAUUGUUCAAGAAUGUGUGAAAACUGCUGAGGUUGCAUGUAUUCUGAAAUGCAGCUUCAGUUUUUUUGAGUUGCAAGGAUUUUUUUUCCCGUUGCUACCGUAAAUGCAUGGCAAUAUUGCAAACUUGUAAAGUUUUCUUGUUUAUAGAUCUUUUAUUUGAUUCAAAGUGUACAUGUAUGUGCAUGGAUAACUAGACUUGUAGAAGGCAUGUAUCAAAGCUGUGUAAACAAAUAUGCAUUAGUUUUACCUUUUUGCACUUAAGAGAGAAUAGUUGUUGGAGCAAGCAUUAUAGAAAAUCAACAUAGAAAAGAAAAAAUUGGAUUUUGUGCCAUGGUGAACUUAGAUUGUUGAUUGAAAGAACUCUGGUCGAUAACUGUAGACAAAACUGAAACACACUGUAUAAAAGCAUAACUGAUUUUUGAUUAUAGGUCUUCAACAUUGCACAACAAUAUUGUAAUGGAACUACAAAGUUUUGUACAGCAAAGUUGUUUUAUGUAAAAAGGUGCUCAUAGUAAAAAAAACAAAAGACAUUA